GGAAGGAAAAACUCCCUUUUAACAGGAAGAAACCUCCAGCAGAACUUCAAUGGAAGAGUAGGAAUGUGGGAAUUCUUGUUCAGCUGUAUGUAACCCAGUCUGCUGCUGCUGGUGUGCCUGCUCACUUUCACAGUACUAUUAAUCAUUACAAUGUUUACAAUAGUUUGCAAAUGUUGCUGAAACAUUUUACAAUAUCAAGAGUGAGAGUACACACACUUGGGUUUGCCGUGUCCACACAGGCGCACAGGUAUGUUUGCUGAGACGAAGCAGCAGCAACACUGGCCUCUUUCAUCUUCUACCUGCUUUUCAUCCACUUUUUCUUUUCUCCGUCUGAUCUUUCACACUCUUCUCCUUACUUUAUGCUUUCUUUUCCAUUCAGCCGUCAUCUCUCCGUAAGAAGAGGUCAUUAAAAGAACUAAAAUGCUUGUCAUUAAUCAUAUUCAGUCAUUUGCAGAAUUAUACCUUGAACUAGUUCACAUAUAUAUUUAGAUGAGCCAUUUCCAACAGUAACCUAAGAGAUACUUGUAGGCAGAAGAAGGAAGACAGCAAAGAUGGGAGGACCAACUUGAUCAAUCAUAAACAGUUAGCACAGAGUGCACACUUGUUUUACAAGGAACAAAGGUCACUCGUACGCUGACUGCGUGAGAGUAACAGAGGACUAAAGGUUCACCUUAGUGCGUGUAGAAGAACAGUGUGGUGUGAUGGAGAGGUGCUGGCAGCCUCUCCUCCUGCUGUGGCUCACUGUAGGGCUCGUGAAAAAUAAUGAGACAGUGAAUUGUUCCUGUUCCACCCAUCAGCUGACAGCAAACUUCACCAACAAACAUCUUCAAGUCAUCCCUGAAAACUCUGAAAAUGUAAAUGUUACCAAACUGAUGAUUGAAGGGAACCUAAUUACUCUGAAUGACACGGACAAACAAGCACUAGCUAGCUAUCCCAGCCUGGUAGAGCUUCACUUGGAUGCUAACUGGAUCACUGCUAUUCCAGCCAAAUACUUCUCUGUGGUACCAAACCUCAGAGUGCUGUCUCUCGCCAGAAACAACAUCAGCAGCCUUCACCCUCAGGCUUUCAGUGACCUGGAGGUCCUGACAGAGUUGGACCUGACCCACAACUUGCUAACAAGCCUCCCUGCACAGCUGAUCAGUGGGCUGAACAAGUUACAGGUACUGAACCUACAGGGAAACCCCUGGAAUUGUUCCUGUCCACUGCUGACCAUCAUUGGACAGAUCGAUGCAGCAAAUGUUACCAUGGGUAGAGGACCACAGGUCAUCUGUGCAUCUCCAGCAGAGCAGGCUGGACGAGAUCUUCUUAAUGCUGCAGCACUGUACUCCACAUUAUUACCCAGCGUCACUCCAGACCCUCAGAAACCAAAAACACCGGUCCACCCUCAACAGACGUCGGGCCCAUCAGUUAUUAUGACGACCACACAGUCAACCGGUCAGAACAACAGCACCAGCAAAGACCCGACUCCUGCGCUCGGCAACACGUGGAAAUUCACAGCAUCCGUCGCAAUCUUGGCAGUGGCCAUCUCCAUGCUCAUCGUGUGUGCCGUCAAGGGGCCGUCCUGGUACAAGCUCUUCCACAACUACAGGCAUCGGCAGUUACAACAAGAAGUCGAGGAGGGCGACGAGGAUUUUGUGUCAACAGAGUUCUCGGCGACGGGAAGACACCCGACCCAUCAAACAUUCAGCUUUGAACCAAUGAACAGACAGAUAGACGAGGAGCAGGAGUACUUUGAGGAUCCAUAUAUCAGGAGAGAAGAGUGACAUGCACGAUGAUAAGAAAGCAAACCACAAACACAAUACAAUCCAUUCAGUGGCAACCUUGCUGUUUGAUAAACACCGCUGAGUAUUAUCAUUUCACGGGUCACAAAAUCAUUGUGUGAGAGCUGUACUGUUGGUCACUGAAGGAGCUUCUUUGCAACAUCUUAACUCCACGGCCUGCAUUGUUGCCCGGAUACUUCCAUUAGUACACUGUUGUCAGCUGCGAGGAGUCUGCAACAACCCCAACUCCACUUUUUGACCACUAGAAGAACAAUAUUCAAGUACAGAACACUUCCUGUAAUCUGAGCCAUUAGUGUUAGUGUGUGAGCGCCCAGUUAGAUCGACAGCUUUAUCCUUGUUUGCACGGCACUAGAAUGAUGAAGUCACAUGGUUUACAAGAGUUUUUACCUCUUCAUGACUCGACAACACCAGCAGCAAUGUGCAGCGUUAUACAAACCUCAAUUUACGGUGGUUUGAAAACAGUUUGCAAGUGUUUCAGAUAAAACACACUCCACGUGUUUGUUUGCUCACGGAUCUACACGGCAUUUAUUUUUAUUAAGAAAACUCCACUGCUGCUUCAUCUUUACAUAACAAGCAGUCGUUUCCUGUUGUGUUUGUGUUCAAAAGUCUCAUACCUGCACAUAUCUGAGUCUUUUUAAAUGUUUUAUGACUCACAUGAAAACUAGCCAUCAGGCUAAAUUAAAUAAUGUCCUAGUACUUCAUUCUGAAAAUGAUACUUCACAAAAUAAAUACGUUAAAGUGUAUUUGUGAACAUAAAACUGUCUAAUGGAGACACAAGUGUCUUUAUGAGAACACGUGC